ACGCUAAAUAAUAGUGAAUGCUAAUCACAGAGAGCUGCAAAGAUCACUUGGUUGACAGACUAUUUCGGUCCCAGUUGCAAACUUGAGUCCCAGCCAGAAAGAUGUUUUCACGAACUGCAAGGGCUUUGGGGGACACAGUUUUUUCCAAAUCAAAGAGGAAACCUGGUAGUCUGCUAGGUUCUGCGAAUUCCUAUGCAUCAGAAGCUACAUUCGAAACCAAGCCUUAUAAACUUCACAAGCUAGAGAAUGGACCGUCCACUAGUGUUACUGUCACCAAGGAGGAUGCCCUCAAGUUUUUCAGACAAAUGCAGACGAUCCGAAGGCUUGAGACCUCUGCCGGAAACCUUUACAAGGAGAAGAUCAUUCGGGGAUUUUGUCACUUGUACUCGGGACAGGAAGCUUGUGCUGUGGGAAUGCGAGCAGCCAUGCGGCCCCAGGACUCCAUAAUAUCUGCAUACAGAGUCCAUGGCUGGACAUACCUGAUGGGAGUACCAGUGCUGGGAGUGUUGGCAGAACUGACUGGCCGUAAGUCCGGUUGUGCAAGAGGCAAGGGCGGCUCUAUGCACAUGUACACCAAAAACUUCUACGGGGGCAAUGGCAUUGUUGGCGCACAGGUUCCUUUAGGAGUAGGAGUGGCAUUUGCUGCCAAGUACCAGGGAAUCGAUGCUGUUUGUUUUGCUCUGUACGGUGAUGGAGCGGCCAACCAGGGGCAGAUCUUCGAGGUCUACAACAUGGCAAAGCUGUGGAACAUCCCUUGUAUCUUUGUGUGUGAGAACAAUGGAUAUGGAAUGGGCACGAGUGCUGAGAGAGCAUCGGCCAGCACUAACUACUACACCAGGGGCGAUUACGUCCCAGGAAUUUGGGUGGAUGGUAUGGAUGUGCUAGCAGUGAGAGAGGCAGCUAAAUUUGCGGUAGCUCAUUGUUCAGAAGGUAAAGGUCCCAUGGUGUUGGAGACAGUGACAUACCGGUACAGUGGUCAUUCCAUGUCCGACCCCGGCACAUCGUACCGGACACGUGACGAGAUCCAGACAGUUCGGCAGACCCGAGAUCCAAUCAGCUCCUUCAAGGAGAAGAUACUCUCUGCAAACCUUGUUACUGCUGAUGAGUUGAAGAGUAUAGAAAACGAAAUAAAGAAAGAAGUAGACGAGGCAACAGGUUUGGCCAAGAAGGACCAAGAGAUCCCAAUGGACGAGCUGGCAGCUGAUGUCUGUGUACAGUUUUUGGAACCUGAAGUCAGAAACAUACUGCCUUGGUCACCUGUCAAACACAAACGUCUCGGCCCCGCUGUUAAUGCUAAAUAAUUUUAUAAUUUUUGUCUGUAAAAAAUAACUAAUCGAAUAGAAAGCCUGUCUGUCCUCUUUUUAACUAGUAUAAUUCAACAGACAUUUUCUUGUAGUUAAAAUAAUUUUUGCAUUGUUAA